UUUGCUUCCCAUGCUGCCCCUCGUGCGCGGCCGGAGGAGACGUCAGCCACCGGCCCCCUGCGGGCAAACUCAAAGUCUGCGGCUUGGCGAGCCGUAGCUGUCCAUGUCUGCCGCCUCUAAUUCCCUCUUACAAGGACUCAUCCGCCCUGCGUCCUUAUCUCGCACCCACACCACUGUCGAUUCUGCUGUACGAAAGACAUCUCCGAUGGCCUCUGCACUCGGCGUCCUUGCUACUCACGUCUCGGUAUCGGAUAUUCUGCCAGAGUCGCACGAGAAGACAGGAGUACGCCCCGCACAUCAUGCGGACGACACUCAGACCAAGUUCGUGAACCCAUGGCCAUCAUCUCGUGAGGUGCCGCGUCUGCAUCUCAAGCUUAUAGUAGAUACAUGGAGAAGCAUGCCAGCCGUCCCUAAAGACCUCGCGUCGCUCAUCCCUGCGCAUACACCCAACUGGGGUGCAGGUUCUCAGGCGGAAGCAGUCAAGGCAACCUGGCUAGGACACGCAUGCUUCCUUGUCGAAUUCCCCUCGUCUGGCGAAGGUGUUCGUGGCCCGCGCGUACUCUUCGACCCCGCUUUGUCGCAUCGGUGCUCACCUUUCUCGCGGCUCGGUCCCGCACGCAUCACGCCGGUACCGUGUCCGAUUGAGGCCAUACCCGCUGUCGACGCCAUCAUCCUCUCUCACAACCACUACGAUCACACCGACACCGCUUCCCUCCAGACACUCUUCAAGACCUACAGCCCACAGAUCUUCGCACCUCUGGGCAACGGCCCCUACCUUGCGUCUAUCGGCAUACCUGCGUCGCACACGCACAUCCUUGACUGGUGGGACGCGCGACUACUCUCGCUUACCCUCCCAUCGCGCACUCAGGACUCACCUUCGACGCAAACACAGCUCCGGAUCACUUGCACACCCUGCCAGCAUAUCUCAGGGCGCACGCUCUUCGACCGCGGCACGACGCUCUGGGCGUCCUGGGCCGUCUCCACAGUGUCACCAACGGCUAGUGAAGCAUAUGUGCCGAAGAAGGUGUGGUUCGCGGGCGACACAGGAUACCGCACGGUCUCGGCAGGCGAGGACGAGGCUGCGGUACCGGUGUGCCCGGCCUUCCGCGAGAUCGGCGAGCGCGAGGGCCCAUUCGACCUCGCGCUGAUCCCCAUCGGGGCGUACGCGCCGCGCGAGCUCUUCUCGUGCGUGCACUGCUCUCCGGUUGACAGCGUGCGGCUCUUCCAGGACGUCCGCGCGCGCAAGGCGCUUGGCAUGCACUGGGGGACGUGGAUGCUCACGACUGAGGAGAUCAUGGCGCCGCCGCAGUUGCUUGCACAGGAGUGCGCCGCGCUCGGGAUUCCUGCAGAGGACUUUGACGUCUGCGGCCUUGGAGAGACGCGAUUUUUCUGAAUUUUCAAAGUAUAUAGGCAUGAACAAUGCAUUUGUGUCAUACAGAUAGGAAAUAGCAACUCGCGGUUAUUCGGUGAGCGAAUACCUGGCUC